AUGGAAACCAAUACUACGGUGCCACUUAUCAUCGGCGGCAAAGACGUUGUCCUUGCUUCUCGCGAGAGAUGGGCGGCUAUCCCAAAUCUUAACAACUUCUCCACCACUCCUUCCUUUUUCCAAGGUGCGACCAAGGAGCUGGCAAUUCAGGCUGUAGAAUCAAGCGCACACGCUUUCACAACAUGGUCCAAGACAACACCAGUCGAACGACGAAGACUCCUUCUGAAACUGGCCGAGGUCUUGAGAAGCAGAGCUAAUGAGCUUAGGCAGAUCUGUGCUGAAGAAAUCCACAGCGGCCCACUAUGGGCCGAUAUUAUCAUGAAUGAUAGCAUCAGUCUCGUCGAGGAGGGUGCAGCUCUCACCACUACAAUGGCUACCGGCUCGAUCCCUUUCACCCAGGGAGAGUCCUACGGAUUUGUUUUCAAGGAGCCUCUCGGAGUUAUCCUGGGUAUUGCUCCAUGGAAUGCUCCGAUCCUGUUGGCCUUGCGUGCAGUUAUUGCGCCUAUUGCCGUGGGUAACGUGGCUAUCCUCAAAGGGUCCGAACUUAGUCCUCGAAUUCAUUACCUUGUGGCGUCACUUUUUCGGGAAGCUGGGUUCCCUCCGGGUGUGCUGAAUUUUCUCCUUCAUCGUCCAGAGGAUGCCUCGGAGAUCUUCGAUGCUUUGAUCACACACCGCGCGGUUAAGAAGUGCAACUUUACAGGCUCUACCAACGUGGGCCGCAUUAUCGCCAGUCAAGCGGCAAUGGCACUCAAGCCAGUCUUGCUAGAGCUUGGGGGCAAGAACUUCACCAUUGUGCUGGAGGAUGCCAAUUUAGAUUUGGCCGCGCAAGAAAUUGUCACGGGUGCAUUUUUGAAUAAUGGGCAGAUCUGCAUGUCGACUGAUAUGGUCAUCACCUCAACUGCCUUGGCCCCUGCUCUAGAAAGUAAGAUUCUUGCUCUUCUGAAGAAGAUAGACUGCGCAUCGACAGUCAUCUCGCCGGCGGCAAAAUCCAAGCUGGAGAUGCUCGUGGCCGAUGCGCAGGCCAAGGGGGCGAAAAUUUAUACCGCCCCGAUUCCACCCACUGUGCUUUCGCUACAGGAAUUCCUCCCAACUGUUAUUAUAGGCCUCACCAAGGAGAUGGCCUUCUACGAGACUGAAUCAUUCGGGCCCCUGGUCGGUAUUGUAGAGGUCGAGUCUGAAGCCCAGAUCAUCGAGAUUGCUGAGCAGGCCACUUACGGCCUCUCAGCCUCUAUCAUCUCCAGCAACCACUACCGCGCGCUCAAGUUGUCCGAGUCUAUCAAGGCGGGUGCUGUCCACGUCAAUUCUAAAACCGUCCACGACGAGUCAACUCUGCCCCACGGGGGACACGGUGAAAGUGGUUGGGGUAGGUUUGGGGCUAGGUGGGGAAUGGAGGAGUUUGUGCAAACUAAAACUGUGAUAUUAAACCCAUAG